GCCAUAGCUCUUAUCAGCCCCCUACUCACUCCCACUCCUUGUCCCCAAGCGAAACAGGAACCACAAACCCCAGCUUCCUCUCACAAAGUGGCUGUGGCUUGUGGGGAGACGGAAAUGGCUGAGGUGUAAAUACAAGACCUGAGUCACUAGAGCUGCAGUUGCCACACGCACCCUCCCCCACCCCCAAUUUUGAGGUGCCCUGCUCCCAUUUUUCCCCCUUUCUGGCUUCCUCCUUUGCCCUUCAGCUCCAAAUAUGCACCUGAGUUCCCUGUGGGGUGCACACCUAUUUCCCAGCCUGGGCUGGAAGCUGCUGUGGGCAUUGCGGAGGUGGGUAGGGCCUGGGGUAAGGAUACGUCAGGGGGAAACAGGGGAAGAGGAAGUGCUUGGGUCCUGGGGAAGACUGGCUUGUCUUGGUGGGUGGGGACGGUCAUUGUCAGCUUUCUGGACACACAGAGACAGACAGGAUGGAUUUCCUCCGGCUGCACCUCCCUGGGCUGCACCAGGCCUUGAGGGGGACACUGGAAUCCUUCAGCACCUUUGUCUCCUACCUUUUGGGAGAUGAGGUCCCCACUGUAGAGAGGAGGGAGGCAUGGGCAGCUGAGGAACGGGGGGAGGUGGCUCCAGGAAGAAGUGUAGAGGAGGAAGCCCCGGAGGCUCUGGAGGGUGUGGGAGGCAGCCAAAGCAAGGGGGGCGGAGGACCGAGAGGGCCUGGAGAGGCUAGAAGACACCAGGAGGGAAGCUCAGCUACAGAACAGACCUGGAGUUGGGGAGAAGGCAGCUCCCAUGGGUCUCAAGGAGAUAGGCAGGACACUGGGGCAUGGGAGGCAGCCAAGGCCUCCAGGUGCCAGGAGCCAAGUGCCCUCUUGGAGGCCAGAAAGAAGUCUGACGCAGGGUCUGAGACUGGCUCAGCCCAGGAGAGUCAGGAGUGCAAUGAGCAGGAAGUGAACAGAGAAGAGAUACCCAGAACCUGGGAACAGGAGGAGGAGGAGGAGGAGGAAGAGGUUAGGGCCAGAGAGCCAGGGGGGGUCAGAGGGGUGGAGUCAGAGUGGACCGGGCGUAUGGAGCCUGAGGGAAAGGCUGGUGCCCAUGGGCACAGGGCGGCAGGGGAUGGCAGGGAGUCAGAACAGGCAGUCAAGGCAGUUGCAGAGGAGAUCCAGGGAGCUGGGGCCAAAGAGACCGGGAGGGAAGAGGUGGUGGCCGAGGAGCGGGAUAGCCAAAGCACAGAGGCACAGGGGACUCAGGACCCAGGGGCAGCAUCUGAGGAUGGGGCAACCUUGGGCAGAGAGGAGGUCAGGACAACCUCAGGAAGGGAGGAGGCCUGGACAAUCUCAGGUGAGGAGGCUGAGACAGCCUCGGAUGAGGAGAAGGCUGGGACAACCUCAAGAAGGGAGGAGGCCUGGACAGCCUCAGGAGGGGAGGAGGGUGGGACAGCCUCGGGAGGGGAGGAGGCUGGGAUAGCCUCAGAUGGGGAGGAGGCUGGAACAGCCUCAGGAGGGGAGGAGGGUGGGACAGCCUCAGAUGGGGAGGAGGCUGGAACAGCCUCAGGUGAGGAGGUGGCUGACUUCCCAGGAGUGAGGGAGACAGAAAAUGGGGCAGCCCCAGGAGACAGGAGUCUAGAAUGUACAGGGAGAGUCUGGGCCCUAGAAGAGGCCUCCAGGGGAGCCCAGAAGGAGGAGGUGGGUGGAAAUAGAGAGGCUGAGGUGAGUCUGUCCCUGAAACAGACUCAGGCCCUGGGAGAAAUGGCUGAGGUCCAGACAGCAGGGAAGGAGAGCGCGGAAGGCCAGGGGUCGGAGUGGGGGACAGGGGAGGGCUCGGAGGGUCAGGCAGAUCAGGAUGGGAAAGAGGCCAAGGGAAGGCAAGACUCAGAGAUCACAGCUGCUCAAGCCGGCUUGGAGGAAGCAGCGCCGGCACAGGAGGCCGAGGAGGAGAAAGAGAGCCGCUGGGCCCCAGAGGCUGAGCUCUCCCGGGACAAAGGCACAAACAAGGCUGAAGGUGAUGCUGACUGGGAGGCGACCCCAAAGGCCACACCUGAAAAGGAGUUGAGGGAGAGGAGUGAGGAGGGAGCUCAGGUGGGUAGAGAAGAAUUUGGGGUAGAGGGUGGUGGCCCAGAGCACAAGGUCACUGAUGUUUGGGAUGUUGAGCAGAUAGGAGGGCCCCACACCCCAGAGGGACCACCUGGGGAAGGACAGCAGGCGAAGGGAGAGCUCUGGAGCACCCCAGCCCAGAGCAAAGAGGAGGCAGGAAGGAGCCUGGAGGCCAGUCCCAGGCCCGCGAGCUCUGGAAGGCCUGAUGCAGAAGCCGGGGAAAGCCGGAGAAAAAGGGAUGUGCAGAGAGGGAAUUCGCAGGAGGAAAAUGUAGGUAUGGAAGAGGAGGAGGGGGAGGCUGCAGGAGGCCAGGAAUCUGCACUGCCACGGGCCCUGGAGGCAGGCGGGGAGUGGAAGGAAGCAGGGCAUGGACUGGACAGCCAGGAGCUGGGCGGAAGGCACGGGGCAGAGUUAGGGACAGGCUGGUCCCUGGGAGAGUCAGAAGCCAGAGAAACCAAUGACGAGGAGGUGGGGGCUGCAGGGUCCUGGGAAGCAGAGGGAGCACCCAGCAGAAUCUGGAGGCUGGAGGAGGCAGCGCCGAGCUCCUGGGACAGUGAGGACACACAGGCCUGCUCCUCGGCUGCUGGCUCUGUGGCUCAGAAGGCAGCUGCGGAUGGAAGGGCUGCUGGGACUGGGGAAGGGCCUGAAGGAGGGGCAGGGGAAGCGUGGGAUGGGGCAUUUGGAAGGGGCUGGGACUCAGAAGGAAGUGAGGAAGCUGGCAGAGGUGCAGAGGUGAUGGAGGCUGCAGAGGGAGAGAGCAGAGGCGGGCAAGAACUUGGCCUGGAUGGCUCCUCAGAGGAGGAGGUUACUGGCAGAGGUGGCCAAGUGGAGGCUUUUGAGGCUGGGGAGAGUGAGCCAGGGCGGGAGUGGGCGGAGGCUGGGGAUACGGUAGCGGCUGAAGGAAGCUGUGGGGUGGGUGGCUUCACCUCAGGCUCCCAGGCGGUGAGGGCAGAGGGGACCCCAGUCAUAGUGGAGGCCAACGGGUUCCCAGAAGGGCAGAUGCUGUCAGAAACAGAGGCUGGGGCAUGGGAGGCGAGGCGGCAGGGGCGAGGCAGCGAGGGGCAGCAUGGGGACCAGGGCCCUGAGGGAGAGGCACAGAUGCCCUGUGACACGGACAUGGAGGGGAGUGGACACCAGAGGGCAGAGGCCAAGGAGCUGGAUGCAGAAGACCUGCAGGACGUCCAGGGCCAGGAGGACCAGCCAGCAAACCGGGGCCCUGGGCCAUGCGAAGAGGCUGCCAGAGGGGAUGUGCACGGCAGCUGGAGUGAGGCCCUUCUCCCCGUGUCUCGCCUGGAUGUCUCUGUCCCGCGGAGCCGUGUGCUCCUGUCCCGCAGCUCCUCACAGCGCCGCUCCAGGCCCUCUUUCCGGCGCAUCCCCACCCUGGAGCAGCAGCAGGAGCCUGCCAGCCCCCCGCCGCCGCCGGAGGAAGAGCUGCCAGCGCCUGAGCAGAGACCCCUCCACCCAGCGGAACCCCCAGAGCCAAGCCUCCCUAGGCCUGAAGGGACCCCGGUGCCAGCGAGGAGGAGGCCCCUGGGACAAGGGUUUGGCUUUGCACACCCCGGCAUGAUGCAGGAACUGCAGGCCAGACUGGGCCGGCCAAAGCCCCAGUGACGGCACCGCGACCCGGGAGCCAGGCCCUGAGCGAGAGGCGGAGGGCUCGACUGAACUCGGCCACUUGGAUGCACCCUGUCCACCCUCUGGGCCCCAGUUUCUUGCCGUUUCAUCCACGGUGCAGACUGAACCAGACAUCUUGGAGAAUCACGAACUUAAGGAAUCUGACUGGUCAAUGCAGCUGGUGGACUGCCUGCCCCACGGGGACCACCGUUCACAGCCUGUCCUGACUACCUCCCAGCCGGUCUUGGCAGCUGUCUGGAGGCCUGAGAGGGGACAGAGACAGUCUCCCACAGCCUUCCCUCUCCGAUUGCCCCCACUCCCCCAGCUGCUCCCCAAGGCCGCGGAGAGCUGUGGGAGGCAGGCAAACCUCUGGGCUGGAUGGCAGCGGGGAGGAAAGGGGCUGGGAGAGCCUAUGGAACUCCAUUUACAAUCAAAGGUUUGAUGUAAGCGGACCAGCCACCUUAUAGUUCCAACAUGGGAACUCAGCCUCAAAACUCUGCUGGUUACUGUGGUAACCACCAGCUGAGCAAGCCAGAGUGGAGAAAGGUGGGCCAGGAACCCUGACAUGUAGGAGCAGAAAGGGGUCCAGGGUGACCAGAGGCUGCCGAGCCCACUCUGUGCCCUCUUUGGGUAUCAGACACCCCUUCUCUGAAAAGAAGCGGAGGCAGAGAGAGGGUGAGAGUGCUUUAUUAGGCACCCAGAAUGGCAGCCUAGCCGAGGACAGCCAGCAGGUCCUGAUACAAUAAAUAAACCAUCGUUUCCCUGA